AGGCGCCCGACCGACUAUCUCGACGGCGUUCGGGGCGUCGCCUCGCUCGUCGUCUUCGUCUUCCACUGGAGUGCCGCGGCACAUCCAGAGAUCAAUUCAGGAUACGGCCAGGGAGACAACUGGAGUGUGCUGCAGCUGCCCUUCAUCCGCAUCUUCUUCAGCGGCGCCGCGAUGGUUGCCAUCUUCUUCGUCGUCUCUGGCUACGUCCUCUCCCAGCGCUGCAUCGUCCUCAUCCGCCAGCAGUCGCAUGGAGACCUGAUGAAGGCCCUCGCAUCGUUGACCUUCCGCCGUGCCAUGCGCCUCUUCCUGCCCAGCAUCGUGUCCUCCUUCCUCGCCUACCUCUGUCAGCGGGCCGGCAUGCUCCCCUUGCCCAAGAAGGGCUAUGAGCCCGGCUUCGUGAACGAUACGUCCAUGUAUUUCAGCUUCCUGAGUAACACGCUUCUGAACGUCUGGACCUGGAAUAUCGACUUCAAAGGCUGGUAUAAUCCUCAUCUCUGGACCAUCCCCGUCGAGUUCCGUUGCUCCAUGGUGCUCUUCCUAGUGGUCUUGGGGCUCUCGCGCUGCCGCACUCUGAUCCGCGUCAUCGUCGAAUGCGGCAUCCUCCUGAACUGCUUCCUCUACAGCCGGUGGGAUGUCGCCCUGUUCAUGGCGGGCAUGUUGCUCGCUGAGGCCACCGAGCACUAUGCCCCGCAAAAGAUGCAACAACCACACCCUCCUGUGGACGAGCUGGAUGAGAAGCCCCGCAACAAGUCCUCCUUCCGCUCCAAGGUGGUGACAUGCAUUCUCGUCCUCAACCUCAUCAUCGGCGUCUACCUGGCCGGCUACCCCCGCGACAACGCCAGCAAGACCCCCGGCUACGCCUUCCUCUCCACCCUCUGGCCACGGUCAAAGAGCUACAAGCGCCGUGUGUGGCACGCGUACGCCGCCAUGUUGAUUGUUUCAUCCAUCACCUUCCUCCCACGCUGCCAGCGCCCCUUCACGACCCGCUUCGCGCGCUACCUCGGCAAGAUCUCCUACGCGCUGUACCUGGUGCACGGCAUCACGAACCGCACGUUCGGCAAGGCGAUGCGCAAUUCCAUCUGGCGCAUCACGGGCAAGGAGGGCUGGUGGCGGUUCAACGGCGGCUGGCUCCUGACGACCGUCCUGUACGUCCCGAUCGUCUUCUGCGUCGCGGACAUCUUCUGGCGGGCCGUGGAUAUGACGGCCGUCAGAUUUGCGAGGGGCAUUGAGAAUCGA